UCUUAGUCUGACAAUGUGUAUAUAUGCUGCUUUUCCUUUCCUUGCUUUUAUACCUGCUGAGCAAGCUGAGCAGCUGAGCACUUCGAAGUGCAGAUAGAAGAAUCUUGCCAACUUAAUUUCAAUCAAUCAUCUCUUGAGAGAGAGAGAGAGAGAGAGAGCAGCAGCAGCAGCAGCACCGGACCGGAGCAACAUCAGAUCAAAAUCAUGCCCUACUCUCCCUGGGACAUACCUAUUCUCUCUAAUCCCAAUGAGUAUUCCAACUUCCAAUGUUUUCUUCAAUCUAUAACGCCCUCAGUCCCUACUCAACAACAGCCUCCCAAGGUUCCUGUGCAAAUGCUAAAUGGGUGCCUUUCGCAAUCCCUUGGCAAUAACAGUACCGGGUGUUUCUCUUUGAGUGACCUUUGGAAGUUUUACAAGGAUUGGAGUUGCUUUGGUGCCGGUGUCCCGAUUCUCCUCAACAGCGGCGAUGGCGUCUUACAAUACUUUUCUCCAUCCUUAUCUGCUCUCCAAAUAUAUACUCGGAAACCCGUUGAUUAUUAUUCCAGGUUAGGGAUAAGCUGCACACCGAAACUCGAGAGUGACUCUUCAGAUGUCACUUCAGAUGAUUCUACCGGUGACCAUGAGGUCUCUUGCCAAACAACUGAGCGCUUUGGCCACCUGUAUUGCCAGUACAAUGAAACAGCCAGUCCUUAUGAUAGAGUUCCGCUCACCGACAAGAUCAAUGAGCUAGCUCAGAAUUAUCCUGCUCUGCUGAAGUUUCAGAGCGUGCAGCUUUCUCCCUAUAGCUGGAUGGCUGUUGCUUGGUAUCCUAUCUACCAAAUUCCAUUCACAAGGACUGCGAAGGAUUUGUCUGCAUGUUUCAUCACUUAUAACACAUUAUCAUCUUUUCAAGGACUCCCGUGUACCAUAUUGGAGGAAGAUGAGAAGUUUCAAAGCAUUAAUACUCUAGGAAAGGAAUGGGGUGGCAGGAUGCUAGAAAGAGAUAGCAGAAGAGGUGAAAUUGCUCUUCCUCCUUUUGCAGUGGCUACUUAUAAGAUGUAUGGGGAACUCUGGACAAAUCCUGAGACUUCAGACAAGGAAAAUAUUGCCUCUUAUCUGAAUGCUGCAAAUUCCUGGCUGAAACAUUGUAAAUUCCAGCAUCAUGACUUCAAUUUCUUCAUGUCUCGUAGGUAGUGAUGCGUCCAUCGUCAUCUAGCCUUUUUUUUUUCCUUCCUUGUUUACUUAAUAGAGUCCUAACAAUCUAACUUGAAACUUGGAGCUAGUUCAGGAAAAUGGGUAACCACAGAAAGUGCAACUGAUUCUGUGGUUACCCAUUGAUAAUAUUGAAAACUCAUGUUGAGGGUACAGUUGAUCACAAAUAAUCAGUUUGAAGGGAGAGAAAAAACGAAUUUCAUA